AUGCGCGUUGACUCAAGCGACGCUCCACCGCCCGAAAAAAGGCAAUCGCUGCCGCGAGCUGCCGAGCUUCGCCGCAGGGAUCGGCCGCCGCCGAUGUCUCCCCAGCCGAAGCACCUGUUGCCUCACGCGGCGGCCCCCUUGCGCAAGCAGAGCUCGUGGUCCCCGGACUCCCACCGCGACGAGGCGUGGCUCCGGCAGAAGGCCGAUCGCCGCCGGCGGCGGAGCCGGAGCGUCACCGACGAGGAUCUCGACGAGCUCAGGGCCUGCAUAGAGCUCGGCUUNAAUAUAAAUAAAAGUACAUAUUGA